AUGAGUCAUGUGGCCGUCGAAAAUGUUCACGGUCUAGACCAGCAGUUUGCUGGCCUAGACUUGAAUUCCGACUCCCAGAGUGGUGGCUCUGCUACUAAAGGGCGUUACAUUCCUCCUCACUUAAGAAACAAGGAAGCUUCAAGGAAUGAUUCGGGCUGGGACGCUGGGCGGGGUGGAAAUGGCUAUAUGAAUGGCACACAUGAUGAUCGGGACAGUCGCGUGAAUGGGUAUGAUCGCGCUGGAUAUGCAAGUAGAGGAUCUGGCCGCACCGACAGAGGAUUUUAUGAUAGAGAUAAUUCUGGGUGGAAUUCAAGAGACAAAGAUGCUUACAGCAGCUUUGGAUCACGCAAUGACCGUGGAAAAUCAGGUUUAUUCAGUGAUAGAGGAAGUGGAAGUCGGAGAUCUGAUGACCGUCGCUUAGAUAGCUUCGAUGGCAUGGGUAGUCGCAGUGACCGAUCUAGCAUGGGUAGAUAUGAUCGUGGAAACAGCCGUUGGAGCGAUGAGAGAAAUGAUGAAGACGAUUGGUCAAAGCCUCUUGCACCAAAUGAUCGUGUAGAGCAGGAGCUCUUCUCUGGAAGUAAUACUGGCAUUAACUUUGAGAAGUAUGAUGACAUUCCAGUUGAAGCAACUGGCACAAACUGCCCCCCACAUAUUGAAAGUUUCCAUGAUGUCAGCAUGGGGGAAAUAAUCAUGGGAAAUAUUCAACUCACACGAUACACUCGACCAACCCCAGUCCAGAAGCAUGCUAUUCCCAUCAUCAUAGAAAAGAGGGACUUGAUGGCAUGUGCCCAGACAGGUUCUGGGAAAACUGCAGCAUUUUUACUACCCAUUCUCAGUCAGAUCUAUGCAGAUGGCCCCGGAGAAGCAAUGAAGCACUUAAAGGAUAACGGGCGAUAUGGAAGGCGUAAGCAGUUCCCAUUAUCCCUUGUUCUGGCCCCAACAAGAGAACUUGCUGUACAGAUCUAUGAGGAAGCCAGAAAGUUUGCAUACAGAUCAAGGGUACGACCUUGUGUUGUAUAUGGGGGAGCAGAUAUUGGGCAACAGAUCAGAGACUUAGAACGAGGCUGUCAUUUGCUGGUUGCCACGCCUGGGCGCCUUGUUGACAUGAUGGAACGUGGAAAGAUUGGCCUGGAUUGUUGCAAGUAUUUGGUGUUGGAUGAGGCAGACAGAAUGCUUGACAUGGGAUUUGAGCCUCAAAUUAGACGAAUUGUUGAACAAGACACUAUGCCUCCCAAGGGUGUUCGUCAGACUAUGAUGUUCAGUGCCACUUUCCCCAAGGAAAUCCAGAUUCUUGCUCGUGAUUUCUUGGAAGAAUAUAUCUUCUUGGCAGUAGGUAGAGUAGGCUCUACAUCUGAAAACAUUACGCAGAAAGUAGUCUGGGUGGAAGAAAUGGACAAGCGUUCAUUUUUAUUGGAUCUCCUGAAUGCAACAGGCAAAGACUCGUUAACGUUGGUGUUUGUGGAAACAAAGAAGGGUGCAGAUGCUCUUGAAGACUUCUUGUACCAUGAAGGAUAUGCUUGUACAAGCAUCCAUGGGGACCGCUCUCAGAGAGACAGAGAGGAAGCACUUCAUCAGUUCCGUUCUGGAAAAAGCCCUAUUCUAGUAGCUACUGCUGUUGCAGCCAGAGGACUUGAUAUUUCAAAUGUCAAACAUGUAAUAAACUUUGAUCUGCCCAGUGACAUUGAGGAGUAUGUACACAGAAUUGGUCGUACAGGACGUGUGGGUAAUUUGGGUCUUGCAACAUCAUUUUUCAAUGAAAAGAAUAUAAAUAUAACCAAGGAUUUAUUGGAUCUUCUGGUGGAAGCGAAACAAGAGGUACCAUCCUGGCUGGAGAAUAUGGCCUAUGAACAGCAUCACAAGAGCAGUAGUCGUGGCCGUUCAAAGAGUCGCUUUAGCGGUGGGUUUGGUGCCAGAGACUACAGACAGAGCAGUAGCUCAAGCAGCAGCUUUGGGAGCAGUCGUGGUGGUCGAAGCAGUGGUCAUGGAGGCAGUAGGGGAUUUGGAGGUGGUUAUGGUGGCUUCUAUAACAGUGACGGCUACGGAGGAAAUUAUGGUGGAAGUUCCCAGGUUGACUGGUGGGGCAACUAA